CUGACGGAAGACAAUUUUUAUUCCUCUCAUUUCUUUUUGUUUCCAUCACGAGAGAGUUCGAGAAAUUGGUUUGUUUACAAAUUGUACGAUCAACCGCUGACCAACCUUUUCUUUUUGGGAACAUCCUUGCCAAAAAAAAAAGAGUAUAAACGCGCCCACAUUCGCAUCGAAGAGGAACACAACCCAUAGAGAUAUUUGAUCAAGGGUAUUGGUACUUUUCAAUAGGGUGACUACAUUUUGUAAACGACGACUACGACUACGACUACGACCACGAACAAAAAUACGAUCACGACUACAAACGACGACCACGACCACAAACAAUAACUCACAUCGAAGAUAAUCAUCACGAGUAAAUACUUAAUCAAGAAUUACACCACAGAUUACAUCGGAAUGAACGCAACUGCUAUUGCACCUACCUUCAAACUUGUGGAGAAGCCUCCGUUGAUUGAUGGCAUCCCCGAUAACAUUUUGGCGCUGAUUGCACCUAUUGUUGCCUAUUGGUCAUACUCUCUCUUCUUCUAUACUAUUGAUACGUUGGAAUUGGCUGAACAGUUUAGAAUCCACCCACCGGAAGAAGUGAUCUCAAGAAACAAGGCUACAAAGUUGGAUGUGCUGAAGGACGUUUUGCUACAACAUUUCAUCCAGACCGUGGUUGGGGUACUGUCAACGUAUUUGGAUGAAGACCAGUACACCGGAGAUGAAGUUUAUCAAACUUGGGUGUUGAAACAGAGGGUUCCUUGGUUACCUUGGAACCUCUGUUGGUUGAUCUACAACUAUGGAUUCUCGAUGUUGAAGAUCACCAUUGCAUUUGUCAUUAUUGAUACAUGGCAAUACUGGUUGCACAGAAUAAUGCACAUGAACAAGUUCCUCUACAAGAGAUUCCAUUCUCGUCAUCACAGGCUCUACGUUCCAUAUGCCUUUGGUGCCUUGUAUAAUGAUCCUGUUGAAGGGUUCUUGUUGGACACUCUUGGAACAGGGAUUGCAGCCAUAGUCACUGGGUUAACUCCAAGGGAACAGAUUGUGCUGUACACGUUUUCCACGUUGAAGACUGUUGAUGACCAUUGUGGAUAUGCGUUGCCAUUUGAUCCAUUCCAAAAGUUGUUCCCGAAUAACUCCAUAUACCAUGAUAUCCAUCAUCAGCAGUUUGGUAUCAAGACCAACUUUUCACAGCCAUUCUUUACAUUCUGGGACUUGCUGAAUAACACCAUGUACCAUGAGUUGGAUUCCUACAAGGAGAAGCAGAAGCAAAUCACCAUAGAUAAGUACAAGCAGUUCUUGAGAGACAGGGAAGACGCCAAGCUGAAGAAGAAACAAGAGUUGUACGGCAAAGAUGAGACGACUAAGAAGGAGAAGUAA